AUUGCGAGGGCUACUGAAUUCAUUUGAUCUGUUUGAUGAAGAGUUGUAUAGAUAGAAAUGACGUACAGGCUUUUCCUUAAAAAAAAACCUUCCAAUGGACAUGAAUUCUUGCAUUCAUGAAUUCAUGGGAAGUUUGCAAAACAGAAAGGCUUUCAGAUGAGACGAAGGCGUAAUGUCUAUUUCAGUAAUAGCAAUAGGACUAGGGAAAUUCCUACGUUGUAGGCCAUUGGUAAGGCGGGCGGGGGAAUUUGAGCAGGGGCUGGAAAGCAGCAAGAGUGCAGGGGGGAUUAUUAAUGUGGAGUCAUUGAGAGCCUCUUCCUACUCCGUCUUCUCAUUCAGACAAUAUUGCACAAGUGUGGUUGAGCAGUUCUCCGACGAUGAAUACGAAUGCGAGUUUGAAACCCACACGGCUUGUUCUUCUGUUGCUAAUAUUGAUGAAUGGAAAUGGAAACUUAGCUUGCUUCUUCAUAACAAGCAAGAGAAGGAAAUAGUUUCCAAGGAUGAAAAGGAUAGACGUGACUUUGAGCAAAUUGCAUCCCUUGCAAGAAGAAUGGGGCUCUUUAGUGAGCGAUAUGGAAAGGUGGUGGUGGCAAGCAAGGUCCCUUUGCCCACCUACAGGCCUGAUCUAGAUGACAGGCGCCCACAGCGAGAGGUUUCUAUUCCUCUUGGGCUUCAAAGACGAGUAGAGAGUCUUCUUCAAGAAUACCUUGAUAGAAUUCAAAUGAAUGAAUCAGGCUUGUUGGGUGAUUGUUCUCUUGAUGGAAGUGAUAUUGUGAGUGAAAGCUUAAAUGAAGAUUCACUUCUGGAACAAACUGAAGCUCAAACACUUGAUAGGAGAGUCUUAGAAAAGAUACUCCAGCGUCGAAGUUGGAGGGUUCGCAAUCUUCAGCAUUCCUGGCAGGAAUCAACAGAAGGACAAAAAAUGCUGUCUUUCCGUAGAUCUCUUCCUGCUUACAAGGAAAAAGAUGCAUUACUCUCAGCAAUUGCAAGGAAUCAGAUUUUAGUUGUUUCUGGUGAGACUGGAUGUGGGAAAACAACCCAGCUUCCACAGUAUGUGUUAGAAUCUGAGAUAGAAUUUGGUCGUGGGGCUUUCUGUAACAUUAUCUGCACACAGCCUAGGCGUAUAUCUGCAAUAGCAGUUUCUGAAAGGGUUGCUACAGAAAGAGGAGAGCAGUUGGGUGAAACAGUUGGUUUUAAAGUCCGCUUAGAAGGCAUGAGAGGGAAAAGCACACGCUUGCUUUUCUGUACAACAGGUGUCUUGCUGAGAAGAUUAUUGGUGGACUGCAGUUUGAAAGGUGUAACCCAUGUAUUUGUUGAUGAGAUUCAUGAACGAGGAAUGAAUGAAGAUUUUUUAUUGAUUGUUUUGAAAGAUCUUUUGCCGCGGCGACCUGAUCUCAGGCUUAUUUUAAUGAGUGCAACUCUAAAUGCUGAGUUAUUUUCAUCUUUUUUUGGUGGAGCGCCGAUGAUUCAUAUUCCAGGUUUUACUUACCCAGUGAAAGCGCAUUUCUUGGAGGAUAUUUUGGAAACAACAGGCUACAAGUUGACUUCAUUCAAUCAAGUUGAUGAUUAUGGCCAGGAAAAGAUGUGGAAAACGCAGAAGCAAGUAUUAUCUCGGAAAAGGAAGAACCAGCUUACAUCCCUUGUUGAGGAUGCUCUUUCAAAGUCUAGUUUUGAAAGAUACAGUUCUAGGACUCGAGAUUCUUUGGCUUGCUGGACUCCUGAUUCCAUAGGUUUCAAUUUAAUAGAGGCUAUCUUAUGCCAUAUUUGCAGAAAAGAAAGGCCAGGGGCUGUGCUGGUAUUCAUGACAGGCUGGGAUGAUAUCAAUGCUAUGAGGGAUCAGCUCAAGGCACAUCCUCUUUUAGGAGAUCCCAACAGAGUUCUAUUGUUAACUUGUCAUGGAUCCAUGGCUACUUCUGAACAAAGGUUGAUUUUUGAAGCAACACCUUCUAAUGUACGAAAGAUUGUGCUUGCUACAAAUAUGGCAGAGGCAAGCAUUACAAUAAAUGACAUCGUCUUCGUUGUGGACUGUGGAAAGGCAAAAGAGACAUCAUAUGAUGCAUUGAACAAUACUCCAUGUUUACUUCCUUCUUGGAUAUCUCAGGCUUCUGCUUGCCAAAGGAGAGGCAGAGCUGGACGUGUUCAACCUGGAGAAUGCUUUCAUCUUUAUCCAAGAUGUGUGUAUGAUGCAUUUGCAGAAUAUCAGUUGCCAGAACUUCUGAGAACACCUCUGCACUCUAUUUGUUUACAAAUUAAGAGUCUGCAGCUUGGAAGCAUUAGUGACUUUUUGUCCAGUGCAUUACAGCCACCAGAACCACUUGCAGUUCAAAAUGCAAUUGCAUUUUUAAAGAUGAUAGGAGCCUUGGAUGAAAAGGAAAGUUUAACCAAUCUUGGAAAAUACUUAUCAAUUCUUCCUGUGGAUCCUAAGCUUGGAAAAAUGUUGAUUUAUGGUGCUGUUUUCCGCUGCCUAGAUCCUGUACUCACGAUUGCUUCAGGCUUAAGUGUCAGGGAUCCUUUUUUGCUACCACAAGAUAAGAAAGAUGUGGCUGAUGCAGCAAGAUUACGAUUUUCAGCAAAGGAUUACAGUGAUCAUAUGGCUCUUGUACGUGCAUAUGAAGGCUGGAAAGAUGCUGAAAGAGUUGGAUCAUCCUAUGAAUACUGUUGGAGGAAUUUUCUUUCACCUCAAACAAUGCAGGCCAUAAAUUCUCUUAGAAAACAAUUUAGUUUUCUGUUGAAAGAUGCCGGUUUGGUGGAUGCCGAUGCUAGUACCUGCAAUGAGUUGUCUCAUAAUCAGUCAUUGGUCCGAGCAGUUAUUUGUGCUGGCUUGUUUCCUGGAAUUGUUUCUGUUGUGGUAUGAUAAUUUAGUAGAAAUUUAUUGAACUUAAAUUUUAAGUGGGUGAAUAUAGUCUUCGGUGGGAAUACUUUUGAGUUUUGGGAGUCCAGUAAAUGUCAGUGAAGAUCCAAGCUCAAUAGAGUAAUAGAGAUUUAAUAAUGUCAUUGUUAAUUUGUUACUUGCUAAUGGCUCUUAGUUGAAAGUUUUUAAUGGACUUUAGGGAGGUUGU